AUGUCGAUCAAGACUGUUGCUGUUGUCGGGGCCUCGGGCCUCGUCGGACUUCGAGUAGUCAAGGCUCUUCAGGAGAGCGGUUUCGCCGUCACUGCCAUCUCCCGCGAGUCUUCGACGGCAACGUUCCCUGAAGGCAUCAUAGUGAAAAAGGCGGACCUGUCAUCAGUAGAAUCCUUAAAGACCGCCCUCGCAGGACAGGAUGCAGUCGUCUCCGCCAUUUCAACCGUCGCAGCUGUCGUCCACGGAUCGCAGGACCCUCUGAUCGAUGCCUCCGUCGCCGCCGGUGUCAAGCGCUUCAUCCCAUCCGAGUAUGGCCUCAACACUCGUAAUCUCAAGGGCGAAAUCCUCGGGGACUGGCUGAUUGCGAAGACGGCCGCGGUCGAUUACCUGGUUAAGAAGGCCGAGGCCAAUCCCAACUUCACAUGGACUCGUAUCGGGACAAGUUUGUUCUUUGACUGGAGCAUCACUCGAGGAAUCUAUGGAAUUGACCUAGACAAGAAGAGCAUCACCAUCUUUGAUUCGGGAAACCAAACGGUCUCGACGACUUCGCUGCCCUUCCUCGCUCAGGGUAUCGCGGCAGUGUUGGAGCACCCCGCCGAGACGGCGAACCAGUACCUCAAUAUUAUCGAAUUUGACGUGACGCAGAAUCAGCUGCUGAAGGUGUUCGAAGAGGAGACCGGGUCAAAAUGGUCCGUGGAACACAAGACGGCCGACGAGGUUAACGAGGAGGGCAAGACGAAGCUCGCUAGCGGAGGAAGAUUUCCGUUUGAGGAGUUUCUCAUCAAGUAUCACUUCGCCGAUGUACCGGGCCACUCGAUCCCGGAGAGUGGAAAGGCUAAUAAGGUCCUUGAGCUUCCUCAGAGCGACCUGCGGGAAUUUGUGAGGGAGUAUAUUAGAGAGCAUAGCAAGUAG